AUGCUCGCCCCGUACGGGCAGCGCGCUCUGGGCGCCCUCAUCCUCUUCGGCACCGUGGCCGGAGUGAUGGCCGUGCUGGCCUCCCUGCUCAUCUUCCAGAUCCAAGCCGGGGGCCGGGCCGGGCCGGCGGGCGGCGGGGGCGGCGGCCUCCCCGAGGACGUCCGGCGGCGGCUGCUGCCCCUCGCGGCGGUGCUGGCCGCGCUCUGCCUGGUGCUCAGCCUCAGCUGCCUGGUGCUCAGCCUGCUGCACGGCUACUAUUGCUUAUACCUUGGCCUUCUCCCUUUCUACUCUGGCAGGGGUGAUUGGUUCCUUCUGAACAGCCGCAAGGUACGUCACAUUGCAGUUGGUUUGUUCUGCUGCGGCGUCUCAGUCUACCUGGCAGCGCUCUCCCUCUACAUGCUGGUGCUGUUUGAGAUUGAGACAGGCAUCACCACCGCUUGCAUCCUGUCCUCCGGAAUCGUCGUCCUCUUCAUCACCGUGACCCAUACCCUGAUCCGGGCCUCCCGGGCCUCCCGGGACAGCCAGGGAGAGCUCUCGCACACCCUGUAUGAGAACGACUCGGCCCACGGCAGCGGUGGCGAAAUGCCCUCCAGGCACCACAACAGCACCAGAAGUGCAGCUGUGCCCAGGGUGCGCCCGGAGACGCAACGGGAGUGUUUGUACCCGCCGUUCCUGGAGCGGAAGUCCCAGCUCACCACGUCGGCAAGCAGCAAUGUCACGUCCUCGGGGAGCCCUGGGCCAACGCUGGAGAAGAGGAUGCACAGGACCCUUUCGGCAGAAUCCGGCCUUCUGCAAGUCCACAGGGCGCCCUGGCAGGGGGUCCCCCAAGAAAUGCAGCACGCUCUCCCUCGGAAGCAGAGGGGCUCCAGGAAAGAUUCAACUUUGGUGUGA